ACAAUAAAAUCAAUGCCUACACGGUCAGAGGAGCCAUGCAUCUAAACCGAGAAGAAGACAACAGCAAAGGCUCAGUGUCUCUCAGUGUAUUCCUGGUGUCUGUUGCAUUGACAGUGUGUGCCAUUUGGCUUGUAGCUCUAUGUGGCGUCUGCACCUGGUGUCAACGUAAACUGGGGAAGAGGAAUAAGCCUGGGGUGGAGGCUGCUAGCUCUCCAGAUUCUGUGAGAGGUCGAGGGGAAAAUAAAGCCAUCAAUGAUCUAGACAGAGACUUUUGGAAUAACAAUGACAGCAGCAACGUGCAACAGAGGUGGAGCUCCUACCCGCCCAAGGAGUUCCUCUUAAAUAUGUCUCCCUAUGCCCCCUACGGAGACCCUCGCCUCACGCCCAAUGAGGGGAAGAUGGUUGUUUUGUCUCUAGCAAUUGGGCUGGCUGAACAGGAUGACUUUGCCAACCUCCCAGAUCUACAGGAAGCACCAGCUGAUACCGGGACGCCGCCGGAAUGGACUGAGACUCUGGGUAAUAAGCCAGGCAGCAGCCCCAAAGGUCAGACCCCUGACGAGACCGGACGUCGCCACGGACCUGGCCAUGAUGCCAACUCCUCUGUUUCUGACUUGGCCAACUCCGUCACCAGCGACAUGCUCAUGUUGUCUCCUGGCUCGGAGGAGGAUGACCACGAAGGUCCGGUGUGUGAGAAGCUAGGUCGAAUCCAGUUCAGCGUGGGAUACAGCUUCCAAGACUCCACUCUGACCGUCAAAAUUCUCAAGGGCCAGGAAUUGCCUGCUAAGGAUUUUUCUGGCACCUCCGACCCUUUUGUCAAAAUCUACCUGCUGCCAGACAAAAAGCACAAGUUGGAGACCAAAGUCAAGAGAAAGAACCUCAAUCCCCACUGGAAUGAGACCUUCCUGUUUGAAGGAUUCCCCUAUGAGAAGGUGGUCCAGAGGACCCUGUACCUGCAGGUUCUGGACUAUGACCGCUUCAGCAGGAAUGACCCCAUAGGAGAGGUGUCCAUUCCCCUCAACAAACUGGACCUGGCCAACAUGCAGACUUUCUGGAAGGAGCUGAAGCCGUGUAGUGAUGGCAGUGGAAGUCGAGGGGAUCUGCUGGUGUCUUUGUGCUAUAACCCCACAGCCAACACCAUCACUGUGAGCAUCAUCAAAGCCCGCAACCUCAAAGCCAUGGACAUUGGAGGCACCUCUGACCCCUAUGUGAAGGUGUGGUUGAUGCACAAAGACAAGCGCGUGGAGAAGAAGAAGACGGUGGUUAUGAAGCGCUGCCUUAACCCCGUUUUCAACGAGUCCUUCCCCUUCGACGUGCCCGCCCACGUGCUGAGGGAGACCACCAUAAUUAUAACCGUCAUGGACAAGGACAGGCUCAGUCGCAAUGAUGUCAUUGGAAAGAUAUAUCUGUCAUGGAAGAGUGGCCCUGCAGAGGUGAAGCACUGGAAAGACAUGAUGGGUCGUCCUCGCACUGCCGUGGCCCAGUGGCACUCUCUCAAGGCCUGAGGAAUCCAGCUGCCCACCUGCCCUGCGAUGUUUUCCCCCGACUCAGCAUCAGCCUCAGCUCCUACCCUCAGCACAUUCCCCAAAACUGCCGUCUUCAGCUGCGAGCUCUGCGUGUCAUCUCUUAGUUCUCAAGUCCACUUUGAU